AAUAAAGUGCCAGUGUAGAGCAGGGACAUCAGUAGCUGCGCGGCACUUGCAGCGGCGGAUCGCCGGAGACGGAGCGCUUUCACUCACUGUGGCGAUCAAAGUUGAGCGCGACACGCUGAUGACCUGCGAGCAUCCUCCGGGGAAACUGUGCAUUUGACUGGCUUAACGAGCGUCAGUUUCCAUCUCUUCACCACAGAUCAUUUGUUGCUGUCGUGGCUCCGCUGUCCAACAGUCCGAAGGCUGCGUUUCAACCCAGCGCACUGACGGAUACGGACAGACUCCGAGGAUCACAGAUGGACUGGCUCACACCUGAGAUGUGAAGUGUGUUAUGUGAGCCAAGGUGUUUUCCCACCUCGCUGGUGGUGGGGAGAGAUGCUGCACUCCGUUGCCAUGACAGCAGAAGUUCUCUUUGUUCUGGGGUUCCUGAUGAGCGCUGCUCAGUGUAAUCCUAUAGCGACCUUACCAGCGAGCCGAGAACGCCUAGAAAGAGUGUUGACCCAAGCCAGGGAGGACAAACACCAGGACAUGCAGGCCCCCGAGGAGCCGCCGGGAUACGGUGCUCAGCAGAGGCCGGAGGAAAUCAAUUCUUGGGGCCUCAACAGGACUGCUGUGAGCCGCGCCAGGCCAAACAUCAACUCCCAGGCACGAGGAUCUAAGGGCGCGAAGCCCCAGGAGCUGUGGACUGAGCAGGACACCCUGAACCAAAUAGACGAGGGCCCCACCAGUGACGUCACCCUCUCCCUGGAUGCCAUCGACGAGUACGCCUACCCAGACUACAGGGGGAAAGGCUGCAUGGAUGAGAGCGGCUUUGUAUUUGCCAUCGGUGAGGAGUUCACCCCGGGCCCUUCAACGUGCCCUUGCCUCUGCACAGAUGAGGGCCCUCUGUGCACCAAGCCAGAAUGUCCCAAGGUUCACCCUCGCUGCAUUAAAGUGGACACUAGCCAAUGUUGCCCUAUGUGCAAGGAGAAAAAGAACUACUGCGAGUUUCGUGGCAAAAUCUACGCCUCGCUAGAAGAGUUUAAGGUGUCUCCAUGUGAGAAGUGUCGAUGUGAGCCAAGUGGGGAGGUGUUGUGUUCUGUGGCAGCCUGCCCUCAGACUGAGUGUGUGGACCCAGAGUACGAGCCGGAUCAGUGCUGUCCAAUCUGCAAGACUGAGCGGCGCUCUCUGUGUCACCCUUUGCAAUGUUCUGGCCACUCCGCAGAACUCUUUGAUCGAGGGGUUGCCAGACAACGAUGUUGCAUCUCCAGCAGUGAGACGUGCCUGUCAGCGAGUCGGCAGGAUCGAGGUAAAUAAGCCUAAAUGCAUGUACAUGCUACGUGACAGGCUUCUCUCUGAGCAGUAGGGAAGCGGUGGCACAGAUCCUCCGUUUCUACGACUGUAAAGGUCCUCUCCAACCGAACUCAUUCAUUCAAGGAAAACAGGACUUGUGCUCCUGCAUACAAGUGGUUAAUGAUUGUGGGAUUUUUCUCUCCUGUCCAGCAGUCCUCACCAGUAAUACAAAGUGCUCAUUUUCAUGUGCCCCCUCAAUUUCCAUCUAUUUAGAGGAAUUACUGCAGUGUCGUGUCUAUUCUUUUAUUUUACAAGAUAAUACUCCCUCAUGUCUAAUUGUCCAAGCGGCUUACCUGCUGUGUAUCAGCCAGUGAAGUAAUGACUCCGACCAGGGAUGUUAUCUGUCAACACUAUCUGCUCUGUCCAGGUCAUUAGCAUUCACAAUUGGCCUCAGAUCAGUUCAUAUUCCAGCAUUUAUUCAACAUCAGCUCUGUGUAUGACUGGGCGGAUGGAAGAAAGCCGUGAUUAAGACUGCCUAUAAAGUCUACUCAUCAGAAACAAGGCCGGGUCUUUUACUUUGAAAUAAAAUUCCCAGAGUGGUAUGCAUCUAAACUCCUUCAAAGACAGGCCAUUAAUUGGACACAUCUGUUGGAGAAACCCAUAAGAGAUUAGCCUGGUCUCCCCAAAGCUCUAACUAUGUAAUUAGGCUUCUGCCCUGUUCUGGACAAUGCACACCGCUGCACUGAGAUGAGAUGUGUGUUCAUAUUACAGUAAGUGAUGAAAUUCAUUAUUCAUCUAUAGCAAUCAGCCAACUCUGUAAUUUGAAAUUAGAGCAUCAUAAGUUGAAAGUUGGAAAGUUGAAAGGUUCAUCAGCACGCGUCUU